GUGGCUCGAUGAUGGCUACUUUACCAGGAACUGUGCCUCGGAUGGUGCGCCCAGCGCCGGGCCAGAACUACCCAAGAACCGGCUUCCCCCUGGAAGUAUCCACCCCUCUGGGCCAGGGUAGGGUGAACCAGCUUGGCGGCGUGUUCAUCAACGGGAGGCCCCUGCCAAAUCACAUCCGACACAAGAUAGUGGAGAUGGCCCACCACGGCAUCCGACCCUGCGUAAUCUCGCGACAACUGCGAGUUUCUCACGGUUGCGUCUCCAAGAUCCUCUGCCGGUACCAAGAGACCGGCUCGAUCCGUCCGGGGGCCAUCGGAGGCAGCAAGCCCAGGCAGGUGGCAACUCCAGACGUGGAGAAACGGAUCGAGGAGUACAAGAGAGAAAACCCGGGUAUGUUCAGCUGGGAGAUCCGGGAUAAGCUGCUGAAGGACGGGGUGUGCGACAGAAGCACGGUUCCUUCAGGUGAGGCUUCAUCUGUGAGCUCCAUCAGCCGCGUUUUGAGGGCCCGAUUUGGCAAAAAAGAUGACGAGGAUGACUGUGAUAAGAAGGAUGAAGAUGGAGAAAAGAAAACAAAGCAUAGCAUCGAUGGCAUCCUCGGUGAUAAAUGUAACCGCACAGACGACGGUUCAGAUGUAGACUCAGAACCUGACUUGCCUCUGAAGAGGAAGCAGAGACGCAGUCGCACCACCUUCACCGCCGAGCAGCUGGAGGAGCUGGAGAAGGCUUUUGAAAGGACACAUUACCCAGACAUCUACACCAGAGAGGAGCUGGCUCAGAGGACGAAACUCACAGAGGCGAGAGUACAGGUGUGGUUUAGCAACAGGCGAGCUCGGUGGCGCAAGCAGGCCGGGGCCAAUCAGCUAGCCGCCUUCAACCACCUGCUUCCGGGAGGAUUCCCGCCCACGGGGAUGCCGACUUUACCCACAUACCAGCUUCCGGAUUCCGGCUACCCCAGCACCACGCUAUCGCAGGAGGGCAGCACGUUGCAUCGACCCCAGCCCCUGCCUCCAUCCUCCAUGCACCAGGGAGGUCUGAGCGCUGACAGCGGCUCCGCUUAUGGCCUCUCAUCCAAUCGCCACAGCUUCUCCAGCUACUCCGAUACUUUCAUGAGCCCCUCAGCAUCCAGCAACCACAUGAACACUGUCGGCAACGGGCUCUCCCCGCAGGUGAUGAGUAUCCUGAGCAACCCCAGCGCCGUACCCUCCCAGCCCCAGCACGACUUUUCCAUUUCCCCCCUGCACAGCAGCCUGGAGAGCUCCAACCCCAUCUCAGCCAGCUGCAGCCAGCGCUCGGACACCAUCAAGAGUGUGGACAGCCUGGCUUCCUCCCAGUCAUACUGCCCCCCCACCUACAGCGCCACCAGCUACAGCGUGGACCCCGUCACUGCGGGCUACCAGUACAGCCAGUACGGCCAGACUGCCGUCGACUACCUGGCCAAGAACGUGAGCUUGUCCACCCAGAGGAGGAUGAAACUGGGAGACCACUCGGCCGUGCUGGGACUGCUGCAGGUGGAGACGGGUCAGGCCUACUAAAGCUCGCCCUGCGACCGCUCUCCUCCGCACUCUGCCACCCUCCUCCAUGCUCCAUCAAGUCUGGACUCCAACUCCAGCUCGCCUCGCUCUGCAGUUCCGGCCAUGAUAUCAGCGCACAGGCGCGCAGCUGUGAAAGGGUGACGCUUGCGGGUGUGACAAGGCUCUCCGGGGAAUGGAACUUUAAACUUUUCACGCCAUUGUCAACCACCAGGCGGCUCUGCACCCUCUCUUCUCGAUAUCUGGGCGUCUCUGCCUGCUCCCUGUACUCCCGCCCCAGCCCCAAACCCUGUUUUUGUUUUUGCUCAGAAGGCCAGACGGCACCCCAGAACACCCCGGGAUAGUCGGCCGCCUUGGCCCGGGUCCCUUUUUGUCGUGGCUGCAGUCCAGCACACAUUACGAGCCAUCAACAACAUGUACUUUGACCUUGCUGUUCAUAGUAGUUAACAAAGCCAAUAUCAUUUGAACGACUCUUCUUCUUGUUCCUUUUUGAUAUUGUUAAGAUUAUUGUUGCUGUUAUAUGAUUAUGGUUAAUGUGAUUUAUGUUGUUCUUUGAUUCCAUUCGUAUCUCUUUUCUCUGUUAGAUGUCAGUGUGUAAAAACACAGUGUGGAUGACUGAGACGAUUUCGGGAGUGAGUGUCUGUUGCGUGUGCAUGUUCUGCGUGUCGGCACAGUCACACGAGAGAGAGAGGAUGAUUGUUUUCCAAGCUGCUGUUCCUCUGCCUGUUCCCUGAGCUCUAAUGUUCGUGAGCGAUUUGACCUUCCCACUUUCAUAUUCAUCUUGACAUUCCUAAAGAACUUGGCCACUCUGUGGGAAGUCUGGCUGGAUGGAUUCUGCAGGGAAUUAAAGCAGCGUUUUGGCGGCCAAUAGCUUUCCCCUUCUAACCUCCAUCCCAUCCUUAGCCGCGGUCCAUGGGGAGGGGGGCAUUGUUUGCAAAAACAGGAUUGGGGAUAUUAAUGCAUUUUGUUUAGAAAUAUGGACCUUGCCAAGGAGGGCUAACUCAGCCCCCCUCCACCUCCCACUCCACUCCUCCCAAAUCCCAUCUGCCAGGAAACCCUGUGUGACUUUAGCAGUGUAAAGCAGAUUAAAUCACACAAAAAUAAUGUCAAAGCUAAUUCACAUUGACCCUUCCCGUCGCCCGUCAGUAUUUCUGUUUUUAUAGACUAAUUAGCACAUUUUGUAAAUGCACCUUCGGUUUGGUUUUCCACCCUCGGACGAAGUAAACAUUCCUCGAAAACAUUCCACAGCCUCCAUCUCCGACAUAAGCAUUCCAGCUCUUUCUCUUACGAGAUUAAGAAAGUACACAAGCUGUGCCAUUCACAUGCACUCUGGAAAAUCAUAUAAUCCAGUCAGUUGUGAAAGGGCACAGGUAACACCGCUGAUUGGCCCCCCUCUCUGGUUCUGGACCAGAGCCACCUCUAAUCCUCCACUUUGUCGUACUCACUGAAAUGUACAAAAAAAAAAAGAAAAAAAAAAAAAGAAGAAAAAAUUUCAAGGAUAGCUGGAUAUGAGACAUUUGUGUAGCACUCAUAGUUGACUUUUUGACGCGAUCCAGGACCAGAUCUUUGUGAUUUUGAUGAUGAUGACGAUGAUGAUGAUGAUGAUGACAGGAUCCGGUCCUCACUCGCCUUUUAAAAACUGAAAACCUGUACAGUAGCUGGAGCAGAUUGUGUAUUGUUUGUUUAUAAAGAGUAUGUUUUAUACUAAAACAAAACUAUGUCGAGUGGUAGGUAAGCGAGGGACCUGUGGAAGUAAAUGUUUGAUUUGAGUUUCCUUUAACUGGCUUGUUCUUUUUCUGUUGGUUUUGUUCUUAACUGUAUUUAACUUGUUUUGUUUUGACCAAAAGUUCUGUUUCUUGUUCGGGCCCAGGCAAGAAUGAAUUUGUAUAAAUUAGUAAAAAAAAAAAAAAAUUAAUAAAUUCCAUGAAAAAUGUUCCGAUUGAAAAAUUGUACAAAGGAGGAUCAAACUGAGCUCGAUGGAAAGCUCGGGGGGACACAGACUGACUCUUGGACCGCAGGACUGCUGUACAUUUGAAAGGCUUUGGAAGCUGUUGCCGACCACCUGAUCUCACAGACCCGACUGGACCUGAACACGCCUGAACCCUCCUGAGACUUGUGUGCAGGAGGUCCGUCGACGGGUUCGGCAGGACGACAGUGGCGACAGUGACGCCGGUGAAGACAGCCCUCUCUGUUCUGGGAAAUCGAGUCACAUUUGAUUUGUGGGACCAAUAAGACUUCGGAGAAGAAGUCGAAAAGUAACGCUGACUCCGCACUGAAUCUCGGCAGCGCUUCCGGCUGCUCCGCUUAGACGCCUCACUCGUGUAUAUUUUAAAAAGGAAGAAUUUCAGACUCGUCUUUAGUGUAUCAAACCCAUUUCUAACACUUGCGUCAAUAAACAUUUGGAUAUUUAAAGCAUUCGACUCCUUCCCCCCCCUCCCGUCUGUUUGAACCUUAACCUGUUUAGUUGCUUUCUGACAUCUGUGCUUUGCUUUACUCCUUCUUCUGUUCCGCAUGUGUGUAUAUUAUCAUGGUAUAAUUUAUUCUGCUGUAUGAAGUAUUAGAGUAGUGGGAAACUUGUACUGGUAUUUACUACCUUCAGCCUGUUGGUGUGUUUACUGUAACACUGGCGUAACUGUUAUCAAUUAAAGAUCCAAAACUGA